CUCCCUAGCCUUCUCUCUUUUCUCCUCCUCCUCUCUGCGGGACAGUACAGCUUUAAGGAAACGUCUGGCAGAUGCAGACGCAGAACAUCUGGGCAACGUUAGCUAAGUCUCAGACGAUGCAGGAACAAACCACGCACUUUGGGAAAGUUAAAGCACAAGUUUCCUGAACAGGCUGAGAGGAGAGAGAAGGCAACGAGAGGGAGCAGCAGUGAAGCAGGUACCAGUCCACACUGCUGCCUGCUGGGCUCUCCGGGCUGCAGCCUGCCUGCUAACGUCAGAGUGCACUACCAGGCAAGGUGCUAGCUCCCGUGGCCCAGGCCCACCCUACAUGCUAGAAUGGCACAAGGAGAAGCACCACUCCUACUUCUUUUCCUCACCAGGCUGGUGUCAUCAACAUGGUAUGAAGGUUCUGGCUAUGACACUACUGAGAGGUACAACAAUGAAGUGUAUGUGGAAGAGGCUCCCCAAGCUCCUGCCUUGGACUAUCGAGUUCCCCAGUGGUGCUAUUCAUUAAACAUCCACCACGGAGAGGCGACCUGCUACUCCCCCAGGGGAGGGAAUUACCGCAGCAGCCUGGGGACGCGCUGCGAACUCUCAUGCGAUCGAGGUUUCCGGCUAAUAGGACGGAGGUCAGUGCAGUGCUUGCCGAGCCGGCGCUGGUCUGGCACUGCCUACUGCAGACAGAUCCGGUGCCAUGUGCUGCCGGCAGUGAUGAGCGGUUCCUACCAGUGUUCAGCCGGGGCGCUGCUGGACUCUCACUGUGAUUACUCCUGCCUCCCCGGGUACCACCUGGAGGGUGACCGCAGCCGGAUGUGCAUGGAGAAUGGGCGGUGGAGCGGCAGCGAGCCAAUCUGUGUAGAUAUUGAGCCCCCCAAGAUCCGAUGCCCGGAGACACGAGAGAGGAUGGCGGAGCCAGAGAAGCUGACAGCCACUGUGUACUGGGACCCACCCCAUGUGAAGGACUCUGCUGAUGGCAUCAUCAAACGAGUGACACUGCGGGGCCCAGAACCUGGGUCUGAGUUUCCAGAGGGGGAGCAUGUUAUCCGUUAUAUCGCCUACGACCAGGCCUACAACCGAGCGAGCUGCAAAUUCAUCGUCCGAGUCCAAGUAAGACGCUGCCCUGUUCUGAAGCCGCCGCAACACGGCUACCUCAGCUGCACCUCUGAAGGCAAUAACUACGGUGCCACAUGCGAGUACUUAUGUGAUGGGGGCUAUGAACGCCAAGGGAGCCCCUCCCGCGUCUGCCAGUCCAGCCGCCACUGGUCGGGAUCCCAGCCUAUUUGUGUGCCCAUGCAGAUCAACGUGGACGUGAACUCGGCCGCUGGCCUCCUGGAUCAGUUCUAUGAGAAACGCCGUCUCCUGAUAGUCUCUGCUCCUGACCCCUCCACUCGCUACUACAAGAUGCAGAUCGCCAUGUUGCAGCAAGCCACCUGUGGGCUGGACCUGCGGCAUGUCACCAUCCUCGAGCUGGUGGGGCAGCCCCCCCACGAGGUGGGCCGCAUCCGUGAACACCAGCUCUCAGCUGACAUCAUCGAGGAGCUCAGACAAUUUCUGCACAUCACCCGCUCCACUUUUAACAUGGUGCUGAUUGACAAGCAGGGCGUGGACCGCGAGCGCUACAUCGAGCCCGUCACCCCUGAGGAGCUCUUCACCUUCAUUGACACCUACUUGCUGAGCAGCCAGGAGGUCACCCAGCGAGCACAAAGCAGGGACAUGUGUGAAUGAGUGACUCUGCACAGGUGGGGGCAGAUCCCUGCAGUCCGGGUGCCAAUGCUCCCACCCCUUCACAUUCAGAACCCCAUAACCUCAGAGGACAGAGAAUUCCCUUUCUGCAUUGUCUUGGGUCAGCUGUGAGGAAGGAAACCGUGUCAAAGGUCACAGACUUUUCA